GAUGGAGUUUCAACAGGCCCCUCCGUCUCUGGUCUCAUGCUCGACUGAAGAGUCACAAGUUGCGCUUUUCUCUCCGCGGGGCGUUUCUGUUUCUUCCCUCAGAGUCUGACCGCGGAUCACGCGUCCAUGUUCGGCUCCGUCUCACACAGCCAUGCAGAACCAUCACCUGAAGGAACACUUGUAUAAAAUCCUGGUGAUCGGGGAUCUGGGUGUGGGGAAAACCAGCAUCAUCAAGCGCUACGUGCACCAGAACUUCUCACCGAACUACCGCGCGACGAUCGGCGUGGAUUUCGCGCUCAAAGUUCUCAACCUCGACCAGGAGACCGUCAGACUACAACUCUGGGACAUCGCCGGCCAGGAGCGUUUCGGAAACAUGACGCGGGUGUAUUAUCGAGAGGCCAUGGGAGCCUUCAUCGUUUUUGACGUCACCCGGCCAUCGACAUUCGAGGCGGUGACGAAGUGGAAGGAGGAUCUUGACGCCAAGUUGAGUUUAUCCAACGGCAAACACGUGGCGGCCGUGUUGCUCGCCAAUAAGUGCGAUCAGGGCAGAGAUGUUCUCACUAACAAUGGCAUCAAAAUGGAGCAGUUCUGCCAGGAGAACGGCUUUGUGGGAUGGUUUGAAACUUCAGCCAAGGAGAAUAUUAAUAUAGAUGAGGCUGCGCACUGUCUGGUGAAGCACAUUAUAGCUAAUGAGAAUGAUCUGCUGCAGUCAGAGGUUGCAGACACCAUCUCGCCACAGCAGGAGUCCAGCCGCGGAGGAACCUGUUCUGCGUGUUUCAGGUCCUGAAGAUCUCCAGAGGAGCGCUUCUCCAUUCAACCUCAUCCUGGCUCUUUCAAGUCUUCAUCACGUGUCUUCUCUUCUCAUCUCAUUCACAUCUCCUGUCGUCUCUGUUUAUCUGUGUCAGUGCCGGAGAGGCGACCGUGUCUCUGUUUCCAUGGUAACAAAACUUAUCGAACACUCUGCAGAGCAAAAAAUGUUUUAAGAGAAAGCAGUGAGAAAUCCAUCUGCAGAACUUCACGAGAACUUCAGGUUCCUGCAGAAUCAAAACCCCAAAAGGCCAAUGCUGUAUUUAACCAUCCAUUCUUUCAUUUUAUUAUCAUUUUACUGACCUGCUUUGCUGUUAAUUCAUAUUUUUACUGACUAACAGAAAUGGGCUGAAUAAGCAAAACCACCAAAUUAAAAACGUUUUAUUUUUGCCCACUGAGCAGAGCGAAACUUAACAUUUUUCCUUUUAAGUCUAGAUGUUCAUGAAUAAUGUAUGCAGGUCUUAAAAAUAUGAAUGAAUUUGAAUAUUUUUGGUACAUGCAGUUGCAGAUGUUUCUAAAACAGGGUUUCUGCAAGUUUUCUGAAAGUAAAUGUAAGACCUUUUAAGACCAAGUAAAGAAAAUU